UCACACUUCACAGUUCAUUCGACAAAAGGUGCAAAUUAGCUUUGUUUUUGUUACAAUUUUUUUUCAAUUUCUCCCCCAGGCCUUCCCCACAAUUUUUUUUUACGUAAUUCGUCAUUAGUUUACGUUACAUUCGUAUGUUUUCGCUUUUCGGUUUAGUCCCCGCACCGUCGUUGAGGCGUCGAUCGAAACGAGAGAUGUGUUCAUUUUCGUAUCGAGUAAAUUUGUAGAUGAAUUUUGCGUGUUAUUUUCCUGUUGUUCCGCGUUAUUCGAGAUAUCAAAUUUCCAAAAAUCAUGUGGUCUUCGAAAUCUUUCUGCAUUGUUGAGCGUAUGUGAUCUACUUGGUACAUUUCAAACAUUCGCAGAAGUUCUGUAACUUUUCAAGAUAUUACCAGUCAACAUGGCAGAGGAUGUCAGUGAUAUUGAGUGGCUUUGUGAGAUACUGCAAGACGUACAGUUGGAACAGUUUUCAUCUCGGAUACGAAAUGAGCUGCAGGUUACCAGAUUAUCGCAUUUCGACUUCGUACAAGCUUCCGAUUUAGAGAACAUAGGCAUGGGAAAGCCCGCAGCGCGAAGACUGCUGGAAGCGGUUAAGAAGCGUAAGACGAUGCAGUGGAAACGUAACCUCAUAAAUAAAAUAAUUCCAGUACCGUCGAAUUCGAAACAAAAUAACAGUUGGAAUGGAACGACUAAGAAGCCGUCUGACGUUUCGACAAAUGCCACCGGUGCCAACAGUCUUACGUGUCUUAUCCAAGAAAAAGAUGUCAGCCUAUCAGUUAAACUGGGUGAUGGAUUUUUUGGCGUUGUUCGUAAAGGCGAAUGGAGUACACCGUCCGGUAAAACGAUACCCGUAGCUGUUAAAGUUUUGAAACAAGAUGCUCUUUCGCAACCUGGUAUUAUGGAGGAUUUUGUCAAAGAAGUACAAUCAAUGCAUCAGCUUGAUGAUCCUCAUUUGAUAAGACUGUAUGGUAUAAUUUUAACCAAACCAAUGAUGAUGAUAACUGAAUUGGCUCCUUUGGGCAGCCUCCGUGAUUAUUUAAGGAAGCAGUGUCAGCACGUACCUAUUACAUCUUUAUGGGAGUAUGCUCUGCAAGUGGCUACUGGAAUGUCGUAUUUAGAAAAGAAACGUUUUGUGCAUAGAGAUCUGGCUUGUCGAAAUGUACUAUUGUGUAGUGUUGAUAAGGUUAAAAUAGGAGAUUUUGGAUUAAUGAGAGCGAUACCUGAAGAAGAAGACUGUUAUAUUAUGACUGAACGUAGAAGAGUUCCAUUUCCUUGGUGUGCUCCGGAAAGUUUGAAAACCAAACAAUUUAGCCACGCGUCUGACGCUUGGAUGUACGGUGUGACUGUAUGGGAAAUGUUCACUUUUGGAGAAGAACCGUGGAUGGGGUUAAAUGGACCUCAAAUUUUACAAAAAGUAGAUAAAGCUGGUGAAAGGUUACCUUUGCCGGAUGCUUGUCCGCCGCAACUGUACAAAUUAUUGAUGAAGUGUUGGGAGAGAAAUCCUAGUGAUCGGCCGUCUUUCGAUUCGAUACGCGAACGUCUCUUAACUUCUACACCUCAAGUAAUGAAAGCCUCGCAAGAUUUCAAAGAAAUUGACAAACCGAUGGAUAUAGAAAAAGGCGACACAAUCGUCGUUAUAGAAGGAGCCCCUGAAUCUUAUUACUGGCGAGGACAAAAUUUACGAUCGUUUUUAAUCGGACUAUUCCCUCGCUGUAUUUUGGAUCCAAUGCGGCCCAAACAGUCUGACGAUAUAAGUAAACCUUUGAGACAUUCAUUUAUUCACACCGGUCAUGGAGAUUUCUAUGGAAAAUCGUGGGGUAAUCCGACUACCAUCGAAGAUCUUCAGUUUCGUAAAUCAAAAUUAACAAAUGAUGUAGCCUCGUCCUCUGGGAGUUCGUUUAUGAACUUCACAUCACCUUUGUCUGAUCGUAAAAAAAAGCACAGUCCCAGGCCGUUGACCAUGUCAUCUCAAAAACAAUUCAAUUAUUUCAAACUAAAAAAUGAGAACCCGAAUAAUAAACAAUCGAGUAGUCCAAAGUCACCUCUUUCUCCUCCUUCCGGUAAUAGAGAAGGCAUUUUAGUAGAUAUCUCUUCGCCUGAUGAAAAAAACAGUAAUCUGUGUACUUCCAUUCAACAUCCGACGAGCAAAAAAUCAAAUCCAGUCGUUUCCACGGUGUCAAUCUUGGAUCUGCCUAUUCCAGGAGAAGAAUAUGACGAUUAUACCGCCGAAGAAAACGUUCCUGCUGCGUCGUCAGUUUAUUACAAUAAUUUAUCCGAAUUCAAUAAUACCAGCAUGAGUAAAACUGUAAACGAGGAUCCAUUCGAUACGUCACAUAUCAACAGCUCGCCUUCUUUUCGUUACUACUCUCACGUAACCGAGACUGAAAAUGCUUCCGCUAAAUACUGUAAUUUGGAGAGUAUCAAGAGUAACACAGCGAGCUCAUCUAAUAUCGCUUUAUCGAAUGGCUCGAAAAACAGAUACGAAGCAUCGGAUACUACUAAUGACACUACAACGACCAAGAAACCAGAUACUAAUUUUAUCCUCGAAUUGGAAAAAAGACUCGUCAUCGACGAAACGACUGCGAAUUCCACGUAUCCUACUUUAAGGCCACCUCCUCAAUCGAAUAAAUCUACGUUGAAAAAGCCUCCCAAUGUUAUGCCAUCUUCAUCCUCGCAAUCAAAUUCAAAUACGUGGUCACCUAGGUCACCGAAUUCCCAACCCAUCGAACGUCCAACGAGUGCUUUUCUACCUAAUUCGUUCAAUUUAUCAAACAACGUCACCAAAGGAUUAACUAACUCCGUAUCAGUUGAAAAUAUAAAUGGCGGUGGCGCAGCUGUGACUGAAAAUGGAGGUGAUUCGUAUCUCGAAGGUCAACGAUAUUCAAAUUUCGUCGAAGGCACGGAGAAUUUAUUCAGUGAGAUGUGGAUAACUGACCAACGUAAUAUUCAAGCCGAUAAAAAAAAUGACGGCUAUAAUAUUUACAAAGAUGUCGGAGAUAAAUACGAAAAAACUCCGUUCAAUAAAGAAUUAGUCUCAAUGUUGACCAAAUCAACGAGUAGAAAUAUUUACGAUAAUACGCAAAAUUACUCCGCUAGCGUGUUUGAAAAUACCGCCACUUCGAACAGAUACGAUACUAGUGAUUUAUACAGGUAUGACCAAGCUGAAUCGUCGAAUGAUGUUGAAAAUAACUAUAGUAGGUCUACCUUCCCCGUAUACGGGGGUAGAGUGAUCAACAAUGUGCCAAAUGUCUACGAUUGUGUACCUGAAGAAGAUACGAUACCAGAAACUCAAUCUAAAAAUAUUUACGACUCGGUUGCCGACGAAUGCAAUUAUUAUAAUUAUAUAUCCGAAGAAGUGCAACCAAAUAGCAGAUACCCAGUGUCAAAUAAUUCGCCUUCUAAAGAUAAAAUUGCCUGGUUAUGCGCUGAAUUUGAAGGAAGUGCCGACGAAGAAGAAUGUAUAGAAGCAUUAAACGCCUGUGAUUGGGAUAUACAUUCCGCCAGCCGUUUUAUUAAGCUUGAGAAACUUGACAGAUUGGGUUUAGUUUCAAAACAAAAUUGCAAAAGAGCACUGGACGAAUCCAAUUGGAACGUGGAAAUGGCUGCAAGUCGAAUACUCGACAUGAUCAAAACUGAUUAAGAUUCAAUUCUUGUGAUUGUAGCUCGACUGUAUAUCUACUUUAACUUUUGAAUUUUAUCGGACAACGAAUUUUUAUUGCAAUUCCUAUAAUGCAUUUCAUUUUAUUGUUUGAGUAGGUAUUUUUUUUUUCCUAAGAUAAUUCAAUGUUGUUUCUGUGAUAUUUAUCAAAUGUUGGACGAAACGGAUAAAAGUGCUGUCUGAAUACUCUUAACAUUAUUUGUAUCGAAUAAGUGCAUCUUAUAAAAGUAACGAUUUUAUUCCCUGUGAUGUAUUGCCACAAAGUGCAAAAUAAUUUACUACCAAUUACUUAUUGUCAUUUUGGUUUUUUUCUCCAUUUAAUUAAUGUGUUUAGUCAUAAUAAGUAUUCUUGCAUUUUUUGUCUUUGAAUUAAGUAGAUAUAUUUCAAUAUACAUUAUAAUUCUUUUCCAAAAAAAGUAUUUGUUAAACGUAUAAUGAUAUGAAAGUUAAGCAGUAUUUUCAUCCUUUAGUAUAUAGUAUUUCGUGCUUUUUGUUUUUUAAAGUUAGUAAGUAUUAUAAUUGUUACCAUCUCAUUCUAUAUUUUUACGAUUUUUAGUGUUCAUUUUUUUGUAUGUAAUUUCUUCCAAUGCUUUCACGAGUUUGAGCAACCUGAUUUGAAUUUUAUUUUUUGUCCUUUUCAAACUUGCUCAAAAUUCAUGAAACUGGUGCGAAUUUUUUCAUUUCCGUUCCUUCAAGCAAAACCGCGUUUAUUUUUCGAGCUGAGGUUUUGAAUAAUUUAAAAUUUUAUAAAAAUAUCACUUUUAUGUUCGUACUCGUAGGUAGUAAUAAUUGAAAAUGUUGAUCUUUUUUUUGUGAGAUACUGAUCAACACGCCACAUCAUUAUUGUAAUUAUGGAUUUUUUAGACGUACUUUUGAUGGUGUUGAAAAAAUAAUGUUAUACCUCUAGAUUUUUUUUCCAAUUUGUGUAUUGUAAUUUGAGUUAUAAAUUUGACUGUGAAUUAUUCGCUGAACAAUGCAUAUGAAGCAACGAUUUAUUAUUAUUAUUUUUUACGUUGAAAUUUGAAUUCAUGUUACGUUGAUUUUUGUAAAAAUAUAUCCAAUUGUUAAGUAAUAAAAAUGACGAAUAUUUUGUA